AUGCUUCCGGACGCUGCUCCCGGGGACGACCCCGUGGCCGGAUCAGCGCCGCCGGCGGCGGCGGCGAAGGUGAGGGUGAAGGUGCUGUUCUUCGCCCGCGCGCGGGAUCUGACGGGCGUCGCGGAGUCCUCCGUGGAGGUGCCCUCCGGGAGCACCGCGGGGGAGUGCCUCGGCCGGGUGCUGGCCUCGUUCCCCAAGCUGGACGAGAUCCGCCGCUCCAUGGUGCUCGCGCUCAACGAGGAGUACGCGCCCGAGUCCGCCCCCGUCGCCGACGGGGACGAGCUCGCCAUCAUCCCGCCGAUCAGCGGCGGCUGACCGAGGCUGAAAAUGAAGAAAAAGGGAGAAAGAAAGAAAGGUCUUCCUCUUUCUUCAGUACUUGUCUUUGCUUCUUGAUCAAUGUGCACGUUGAAUCAUAGUAAUAAAGUUGCGAUGUUCGCUGGCA